AUAAAUUUCUAAAAAUAUUUAGUUUUAAUAUAAUAGUAUUUUUAUUAUCAAUUGUCUUAAAUAUUAAACAACAACAACUCACACGACUAUCACCAACAACUACAACAACAAUACGAUGACUUCUUCACCGAACCUAUUGUUGACAAUUUCCGAUUUAAGUGAUUGCAUAAUGAAUCACUUGAAGAUUAAAGUAGACAGACCUACACUUGAGACGAUGCUUCUCAACAAACACUCGGCCGUCAUUACCGGUGACGACGACGACGUCGACAGCAGUUCGUCGCAGUUAUCUGUGGCCCAGAAAUUCUUCGUUAAAGUCAGCGAAGAAAGCGAAGCCAUCAUAUCUUAUCCACAAUUGGAAAGACUUCGAUCAAUGCCACGCAAAGAACCCGAAGUUUUGGUAUUCGGAUCGGUUAAUCAAAUCUAUUUGGCCAAAGAGCUGAUAAUGCGUACACUGGAUCCGCAUCGUAACAAAGUAACACUGAAGAUAGAUGUGGCCCAUACUGAUCACUCGCAUCUGAUUGGCAAAGGAGGUAAACGUAUUCAACAAAUAAUGGACUCGACUGGCUGUCACAUACACUUUCCCGACGGCAAUCGCAAUGUGGGCGAAGAAAAGUCCAAUCAGGUUACUAUUGCAGGUCUUAGCUUUGAACAGACCGAAUUGGCCAGAGCCCAGAUCAGACAAAAUUUGCCACUAAUUAUCAGCUUUAAUGUUGAGCUAACCAAUGUUGGACUAUUGGAUAUGACAAAUCCGACUAUGAAGUACAUCCAAAGCCGCUACAGUGUUAUAGUCUGGUACAAGAUGUCUGAUAAUAGAUCUGCGGCCGCGGCGGCAACAAAAACUAGCGACAAAAUGGUGGUCACAAUUUUUAUACGCGGCACACGGCAACUGUUUAAUCAGCUCCGUGAGGCGGCACUCAACGUCUAUCAGUAUCUCAAUUGGACACCAAUCGGUUUUAACAAUACUGUGGUUACCAUUUCAAUCGAUAUCGCUGCCCAACAUCACGCGUUUACCGUCGGUCGUAAUUCAUCAAAUAUACGCUCAAUAUCUGAUAUGACGGGGGCAAUCAUAAUCUUUCCGCAAUAUGAUACCCUUGGUACUCCUAGCAAAGUGGCCGUACCGAAAACAACUGUUUUGAUCAAAGGUCGCGGCUUAGACUCGGCAUUCACGGCUUGGCUUCAAUUGUUAUCUUACUUACCUGUAUUCCUAAUAUUUGAGCUGUCCGAAUACCAACAAGUCGAUGGCAGUCUGGUCACGGAAUUGGCAGCCAAUCAAAUGAUAUCCGUAAUGAUAAGACCUAAGACCAGAACCAAUGGCAAAACGAUUGUCAUCAAAGCUCACGAACGAAACGUUCAUUUGCUGUAUGAGGCGCGCAAUGAGCUGAUGAAGUCAAAGAUUGUGUCACCGGUCAGAGUAGCCGCCAAUGUUAAGGGACAGACGGUGGCAUCCAAUGGUUUGUUUCCGGUCACUACUACACCACCAAUCAGUCAGUCGUAUAUUAAUAAUUGUGGCCUGACUUCAGGAUCAAAAUUGUCAAAUUUGUUCACAAAAUUUCAUUUGCCUCAUGAUCUCGAUAUUGAAGUGAUGCGCGCCGUAACCAAAACCAAAGAUAGCAAACAAUCAUCAGAUGAAUUGAUUGACUUUGAUUUUUUGAUUAAUUGAUUCAAAUAGGAUGGAUGGAUGACUAGGCAUUAUCUAUAGAAAACACUACUAAUUUUAUUAUUUACUCAGUAUUUGUUUUUUUAUAUAAAGAAAAAUAUUUUAAUUUAGUUAUUAUUAUUAUAUUAGUAUAUAUUUAUGGUAUAUUUAUCUUAUUGUGAUUUUAUUAGAUAUAAAAAUAAAAA